GCGGGCGGGCGGGCGAGGUUGCCUCCUUGCCUCGGGAGUUUGGUUACACGCCGAGGUUGGCCGGCCUUCGGGCAGCGCAGAGGGCGAGCCAAGGCCCGAGACUGAGGCGGACAGCUGGCAGCAAAGCCUCCGAAGGGGACGGCGGGGCUGCGAAGCUCUUUUGGAGCCGCGGUGGCUCUCGCCCGGCUCGCUUUGCAGUCGCCGCUGCGACGCCUCGCAGGGAUGUCUGGGGCGCUGGACUUUCGCCUCUUGUGCCUCCUCAGCCUUUGCCUCGGGAGGAAUUCCGCCUUCAACCUGGAUGUCGCCGAGCCCGUCGUCAAGCGGGGAGAGAAGGGCAGCUUCUUUGGCUUCUCCGUGGCAUUGCACCAGCAGCUUAGUCCGCAGCCCAUCGGCUGGCUGUUGGUGGGAGCACCACAGGCUACCGCAUUGCCUGAUCAACAGGCCCAAAGAACAGGUGGCUUAUAUGCCUGUCCUUUGACCUACGGAACUAAGGACUGCGAGCGCGUGCCCAUUGAUGAGGGAGUUGACCUGAAGAAGGAGAGCAAGGAGAACCAAUGGCUGGGUGUUACUGUCAACAGCCAAGGCCCCGGAGGAAAGAUUGUGACCUGCGCUCACUUAUAUGAAGCACGCAACCGUGUGAACGAGUCCCUGGAGACGAGGCACGUGAUUGGCCGCUGUUACGUACUCAGCGAAGGGCUGCAAGUGGCCGAUGAACUGGAUGGUGGCGAGUGGAAAUUCUGUCAAGGGCGUGAACAGGGGCACGAACGCUUUGGUUACUGCCAGCAGGGAAUAGCCACGGGCUUCACUGCAGAUAGGCAUUACAUCCUCUUUGGGGCACCUGGCACAUACAACUGGAAGGGGACCAUACGGGUAGAGCUGAGUGUCUUGGAUUUCAGUCACUACGACGAUGGGCCGUAUGAAGCCGGGGGAGAAAAGGACCAGGAUCCCUCGCUCAUCCCCUUGCCAGCUCACAGCUACCUCGGUUUUUCUAUAGACUCUGGAGUAGGGAUAACCAAGAAGAAUGAGCUGAGCUUUGUAACGGGGGCACCCCGAGCAAAUCAUAUUGGAUCCGUGGUGAUCCUGCAUCAAGACAACUUUAACCGCUUAGUGCCUAAGGUUAUCCUCUCAGGGGAGAAACUGGCUUCGUCCUUUGGCUACUCUCUGGCUGUAGUAGAUCUCAAUCAUGACGGAUGGAUGGACUUGGUGGUUGGAGCACCAAACUUCUUUGAUAGAAAGGAACGAAUUGGGGGUGCCGUCUAUGUUUACAUCAACCAGGCAGGGCGCUGGGAAAACAUCCUCCCCAUUCGCCUCAAUGGCACCUCUGACUCCCUGUUUGGCAUCACAGUGGGUGCCAUUGGGGAUCUCAAUCAAGAUGGCUUUCAAGAUUUUGCAGUUGGGGCACCACUGGAUGGUGAUGGGAAAGUCUACAUCUAUCAUGGCAGUAACUUGGGAAUUGUGACAAAACCUGCUCAGAUCCUGACUGGGGAGAGUGUUGGCAUCAAGAUGUUUGGCUAUUCCUUUUCUGGAGGGCUGGAUAUUGAUGACAACUUUUAUCCAGAUCUCCUAGUGGGCUCACUGUCUGACACAGUAGUAUUGUACAGAUCUCGACCUGUCAUCCAUAUCUCCAGAAAUAUCACUGCCAACCCCCAAAAUGUCGACCUGGAGAAUAUUAUCUGCCGCUAUAUGGAGGGCAUCUGCAGUGUGGAAAUACAAGCCUGUUUCAUCUAUACAGCCAAACCUUCAAGCUAUAACCCACCCAUCAGACUUGAAUACAGUUUUGAGGCUGAUGGUGACCGUCGGCAACAAGGAAAAACUUCUAGAGUCUUUUUCCGAUAUCAACAGGCCAAAGACCUUGAGCAUCAGUACUCUGGGAUACUGGAGCUGCCCAAACAACAAUCAAAGGUCUGCGCAAAGGCCAUCCUGCAGCUGAAGGAGCAAGUCCGGGACAAGCUCCAUCCCAUUGCUGUGAUGAUGACCUACAACAUCAAGCAUGGCCGCAGCAGACGGCAGAUCUCCGGGGCUGCCCUGAGGCCUCUCUUGCCGGUACUGAAUGCCGUGCCACACAACUCUCAGAGGAUUGAGGUCAAUUUCCUCAAGCAAGGGUGUGGGGAGGAUAAAAUCUGCCAAAGCAACCUGCAGCUGAAAUACAAGUUCCACUCUCGUGUUGAUGAUGCCGUGUUCCAACCUCUACCCAGAGGUGAUGAUGGCUUGGACGUUUUUUCUAUGAGUGACCAAAAAGGCAUAGCCCUUGGAAUCUCCAUCACCAACUUUCCUUCAGUCGCUGCUGAGCCGCAGCGGGAUGGCGAUGAUGCCCAUGAAGCCAUGCUGCUUAUCUCGCUGCCAUCUACCUUGACUUAUGCUAGUCUGCGGCCGUACAAUGCCACGGAGAAGAUCCCAACCUGUGUGUCUAACCAGAAUGCUACACGUGUGGAAUGUGAGCUUGGCAACCCCAUGAAACGUGGAGCACAGUUUCAGUUCUACCUUGUUCUGAGUACUUCAGGCAUUACCUUGGAGACCACAGAACUGGAAGUAAACCUAGAAUUGACUACGAUCUCCGAACAGCCUGCGCUGGCCCCAGUGGCAGCUCGAGCCCGUGUGAUCAUAGAGCUUCCUCUGUCAAUUACUGGACUGCCUGAACCAAAGCAACUCUUCUUCAGUGGGGAAGUCCGGGGCGAAAGCGCCAUGAAGAAGGAAAGCGACGUGGGCAGUCCAGUGAGCUUCAAUGUGACGGUCUCAAACAGAGGCCAAUCCUUGAGCACCCUGGGCUCUGCCUUCCUCUACCUCAUGUGGCCGUAUGAAAUUUCAAAUGGAAAAUGGCUUCUUUAUCCCCUUAAGAUGGAGUUAUUGAGCCAUUCCCAGCAUCGUUCAACCUGUACCCCUAAUCCCAACCCCCUGAGCCUGACUCUGGAACCACCUCCUCCAGGAAGGAAGAAACGUGAGACUGAGCAGGCAGAAAUGUCCAGCCCAUCACUGACUUAUUGGAAAGGACGAAAAAAUGCUACCUUAGACUGUGUGUUAGGCACUGCUCGAUGUCUGCUAUACAAAUGCCCCCUCUACAGUUUUGAGCGUUCAGCUGUGCUUACCAUCUGGGCCCGUCUCUGGAACAGCACCUUCCUGGAGGAAUUUGCUCAUAUGACAUCCGUGGAAGUGAUUGUUCGUGCCAACAUCUCAGUGAGCUCCACAAUUCGCAACCUGGUCCUAAGAGAUGCUACAACCCAGAUCCCAGUGACUGUCUACUUGGACCCUGUUGUGGCCUUGACACGAGGUGUGCCCUGGUGGAUUAUCCUCAUUGCAGUACUAGCUGGAAUCCUAGUGCUGGGCCUGCUAGUCUCCAUCUUAUGGAAGUGUGGCUUCUUCAAGAGGACCAGCCAGGUCUCCAAAUACUCCACAAACUAUUAUCGGGCCCGGCUGGCGAUACAGCCAUCAGAUGCAGACAGGCAGGCCAUGGAGGCCUAGUGCUUGGCUUCUUCAAACGUGCCCACUACGAGAAAGCCAAGCUACCCCAGUACCACGCGAUCAAGAUUCCCCGCCAGGAACGCCAGCUUUUUCAUGAGGAGAAGAUAGGCACCAUCACUAAGAAGGACUGGGUCACUA